UAUAUAUAUAUAUAUAUAUAGGAACGGUGAAGGAGUGGCCGUGCGCAACCCGAGGGUCCCUGGUUCAAAUCCCACCUAGUACCAACUUUGUCACGUCCGUUGUGUCCUGAGCAAGAUACUUAACCCUUGCUCCUGAUGGGUGCUGGUUGGCGCCUUGCAUGGCAGCUCCCUCCAUCAGUGUGUGAAUGUGGAAGUAGUGUCAAAGCGCUUUGAGUACCUUGAAGGUAGAAAAGCGCUAUACAAGUACAACCCAUUUAUCAUUUAUUUAUUUAUAUAUAUAUAUAUAUAUAUAUAUAUAUAUAUAUACUGUGAAUAUAUAUGUGUGUGUGUAUAUAUGUGUAUAUAUUUGUGUGUAUAUAUAUGUAUAUAUAUAUAUAUAUAUGUAUAUAUAUAUAUAUAUAUAUAUAUAUAUAUAUACAUAUAUAGUGUUUGUGUGUAUAUAUAUGCAUAUACAUACUGUAUAUGUGUGUAAAUAUAUAUGUGUGUGUAAAUAUAAAUAUAUAUGUGUGUGUAUAUAAACUGUGUAUAUAUAUAUAUAUACAUAUAUAUAUAUAUGUGUGUGUGUGUGUAUAUAUAUAUUUGUAAAUGUGUAUAUAUACUGUAUAUGUGUGUGUGUAUAUAUAUAUAUAUAAAGAUGUUGCUGCUGCUGCUGCUGCUGAUAAAUUUUCACGAAAAUCGAAUACUUUGCUGGCUGGACAUAAAGAAUAAAAAUGAAUCCCAUUACACUAGUAUCAAUAUAGGAAAAAGGUCCUUUGGUCCCAGCCACUAAAAUGAUCUCAAAUGGAGGAUAUUCAUUUAAGUGGUAGGAUAGGUUGAUUGGCAACACUAAACUGGCCUUAGUGUGUGAAUGUGAGUGUGAAUGUUGUCUGUCUAUCUGUGUUGGCCCUGCGAUGAGGUGGCGACUUGUCCAGGGUGUACCCUGCCUUCCGCCCGAUUGUAGCUGAGAUAGGCGCCAGCGCCCUCCGCCACCCCGAAAGGGAAUAAGCGGUAGAAAAUGGAUGGAUGGAUGGCAAUCCAUGUUGAUUACACAUGCCCCAAACUUAACCAUAACAAUGUAAUAUCACAAUACUAACCAUUAAGUCAGAGUCAUGGAAAUAAAAAAACUAUUACAACUCUACCAAAUGCCAUGUUUUAUGAGAAAAAAACAAAACACUACACUAUUCAUUUGUGGACAGGGCAGAAGUAGAAGCAUGACUUGUUUGUCCUCAAAAAGCAUGCAUGCAUAGUGCAGCUGUUAUUAAAGGUAACUGUUUUUUAGUCACUGAAAUAUAUAGUACUUGUGGGUAAACAAUGCAAAAAUAACUUUUUAAACACAUAUAACCUGGUGAAAGCAACCAUACUAUUAAUUGUUGUCAUUACUGCAGUAAAUAAAUGCAGCUUUUAUUUAAACAUGUUUGAAUUGUUACUUAUUUAUAUGUUUGCUAUUUGUAAAUAAAAACCUGGGAGUAGUUGGUACUAAAACAAUCAUAAAUAGAUUAAGAACAUUUGUCAUACACUCUUGAAAGGUGGAUAUUUCAGAAACACCAGUGUUGCCAUUUGAUUGUUUCCCUCGUUUCAAAAUGUUCCCUCCAACAAUUUGAUUGGCUCAUUUUAAAGCUUUGCCCUCCAAUAGGUCUUCAGUAACAGCGCGCACGUCUUUGCUCUGGACCAAUCAGCGUCGCCGUCGCUCUACAGAGCAACUAUAAAGCUGCGCCUCGCCUCAUAUUACUACACACCCCUGCAUUCACCUGCAAGCGCUUCGUCCGAGUUAGACAUGGCCAGAACUAAGCAGACCGCCCGCAAGUCCACUGGUGGAAAAGCCCCCAGGAAGCAGCUUGCCACCAAAGCUGCACGUAAAAGCGCCCCGGCUACCGGUGGCGUCAAGAAGCCUCACCGCUACAGGCCUGGCACCGUGGCCCUGAGAGAGAUCCGUCGCUACCAGAAGUCCACCGAGCUGCUCAUCCGCAAGUUGCCCUUCCAGCGCCUGGUCAGGGAGAUCGCUCAGGACUUCAAGACCGACUUGCGCUUCCAGAGCUCAGCCGUCAUGGCUCUGCAAGAGUCCAGCGAGGCCUACCUGGUCGGGCUGUUCGAGGACACUAACUUGUGCGCUAUCCACGCCAAGAGGGUCACCAUCAUGCCCAAAGACAUCCAGCUGGCUCGCCGUAUCCGCGGGGAGAGGGCUUGAACAUCCAGUCUCAUCAAACGCACCAACGGCUCUUUUAAGAGCCACUCAAUCUCACUCCUAGAGUCAAGUCAAUUUAAAUAGCGAUAUAGUGAUACUUCUGUUCGUGUAAAACGAAACGCGAGAAUAUUGUCCAUACAGUUGGAUUAUUUUACAACUCGAUCUGAGAAGUUAAGUCAUUUCAAUUGCUGCCAUGAUCUGUUACUCAGGCUGGUGACAAACAUAAUCUACAACAUACAUAAUCUUCUACCUGGGUUUUGAAGCAAUACAGCCCGCAGUAAACAAGCUGUACCCUCAUCCAACAGGGGAGGACGAUACCGCACAUUUUCGUAUCGGUCCGAUACUUGCACGGCCAGUAUUACCCCAAACAAUAAUCGAAUCAUACUGUAUGUUUGACUUUUGAUACAGGACAGCGACUUGAGCCAAGUAGGAAAAUGUUUAUUUUUAUCAUUAUCAACAUGCUUAAAACCCUUCACAGAGUGAUAGGAUGUAUGCCCUUAAAGUGCUCCUUGUGAUGUCCAUGGGUAAAUCGUAGAUGAAAUUACAAAAAUACAUAACCGUCGUGUACACCCAAAACGGGAACGCUACUCUUUCUUCAGCAGAUGCACAGAAGGGUUGUUCAAUUCUUCCAUACUCAUGCUUCAGAUUUGAGGGAGGCUGUAAAAUGUUGAUGUAUAAUAAGUGUUUAUUUUUGAGUACCAGUAAAACAAAUAAGAUUUAUUUCAAUUGGCUGAAUGUACUCACCCACACCCACCUCUGUUUUGAUACCAAGAUGUCCCCGCCCAUUCAAACCAGCCAAUCCGGUGUCAGCGUCGGCACACUUAUAUUUGAAUAAUGAGGUCCAUAAAUAAACCAGCGUGACGCCCACACAGAAACAUAUCGAUCCAUCCACUUUCUAUCGCUUAUUCACUUUGGAGUCUCGAUGGGCGCUGAUG